ACAGUGCUGUAGCCAUGGCAGUCCAGUAACAUGUGACAAUUCUGAUUUUUAGAGGCUUCAACGAAGGAAAGGGGCAGAAAGUUAAACUUUCCGAGGCAACAUGCGCGACAGGUCGCUCCCCGCGUCCCCCAACUGGUACUGCUCGCGCUGCAGCGACGUCAACAGCAGCGGCUUGUUGGGUGUCGGAGGAAAAAACGUCAUCUACUUGAUUGACGUGUCCGCAUCCUCGUGCAGGGUUGCAGGUGAGCUCGUGGGCCACAAGGACCUGGUGUCGGGAUUUUCCUUCUGUCAACAUGCUGGCCAGAGUCACAUUUGUGUCAGCUCCUCCAACGACGGGGCUGUUCUCUUCUGGGACACGGACGCCAAGACUCUAAUAAAGGAGCAUGCAGCUCAUCAGAACCCCGUCACGGCCGUGCACUGGUCCCCCGUGGAUAAAAACCUGGUGGUGUCGGGGGACGAGAAGGGAGUGGUGGUGUGUCACUGGUUCCACACCGGAGACUCCAGCAGCUUCUUCCCUGAACCCAGGACCAUCUUCUGCCUCAGCUGCUCCCCUCACACCUGGAGCUGCGUGGCUGUGGGAUACAAAGAUGGUAUGAUUGUACUGAUCGACGUGAGCAAGAAAGGGGAGGUGACGCACCGCCUGCGCGGGCACGACAAUGAGAUCCACUCCCUGGCGUGGUCGCCGCUGAGCGGUGAGGAGCAGCUCCCCAGCAGAAACGAAGACGGUGAGGGUCAUGGAAAACUGAACACCCUGGUCGUGUUGCUGGAGGUGAAUAAAAUGGAGCUAUUUUGUAUUUUUCUAGGAAGCGGCGGUGUGUCCGCGGGAGACGUAAAAGGCUGCUAUCUUGCAUCUGGGAGCAAAGAUCAGACCGUGAGGAUCUGGAGCACAGCGAAAGGAAAAGGCGUGAUGACUCUGAAGCUGCCGUACCUCAAGAGAAGAGGCUCUGCUGUCGACCCCGGGGUCAAAGAGAGAAUCUGGCUCAACGUUCACUGGCCCCAGGGAAGAGCCACGGAGAUCAUAUCCAGCUGCUUCAGCGGCGAGUUGGUGAUGUGGGAUCUGACCAAGGCAGGAAAGCAGAGAUGGACUCUGUUCGGAGACUCUUCAGAAGGCCAGAACCACAGCAGGAUCGUCUUCAACAUGAGCUCGGUCCAGCUGCAGGACGGCAGGGAGCUGCUCAUCAGCACCUCCAUGGACAGAGAGAUUAAGUGCUGGGACCUCCAGUCCCUGAGCUGCUGCUGGACUCUGCCCACCCUGGGGGGCCCCGUCAACGCCCUGACCUUCUCCCCGGUGGGGGUGGGCUGUCUGGCGCUGGGCGUCGGGGACAGCAUGAUCCGGGUGUGGAACACGCUCAGCACUCAGAACAAGUACGACGUCAGAACCUUCUGGCAGGGUAUCAAGUCCAAGGUCACAGCGCUGGUGUGGCACCCGAAGAGAGAAGGAUGCUUGUCCUUUGGGACGGACGAUGGUAAAGUUGGUAUCUACGAUGUCUUCUCCAACAAACCUCCGCAGGUGUCAAACUCCUACCACAGGAAAACGGUGUACACGCUGGCCUGGGGACCCCCGGUCCCCCCGCUUUCAUUCGGUGCAGCGGGACAGCAGAGCUACAGCCUGUACAGCUGCGCCGGCGAAGGCGUCAUACUGCAGCACGAUCCGUACCAUCUGAGCGGAGACGCCUCGGACAUUGAUGUGCUCAUCAGAGACACCAACAACAUCAAGCACAAGCUGUCUCCGCACACAGACCUCAGCUGGAAGCCAGAUGGGAAAGUUGUUGCCAUCGGCAACGAGGAUGGGGGCAUCGAUGUUUAUCAGGCUCCCAGUCUGAGGCUGCUGUGCAGCAUCCAGCAGCACCACAAGAUCAUCAACGCCCUACGCUGGCAUCACGACCACGGUGCAGCCGGACUGCAGGGUCUCCUGGCCUCGGGAUCCAGCAACGCCAUCGUCUACGUGCACGACCUCCAGUCCAUUAUCGAGUGUCCCCCGGAGAGCCCCGUGGUGCUGACGGAGCCGUACCGCCGGCUGUGUGGUCACACGUCCAAAAUCACCGGAAUGGCUUGGAGUCCACAUCACAGCGGCCGACUGGUCACGGUGUCAUACGACGGCACGGCCCAGGUGUGGGAUGUGCUGGAGGAGACGGCUGUGUCCAACUACCGCGGCCACAGGGGUUACCUGCUCUGCGUGGACUGGUCGCCGGUGGAUCCAGACGUGAUCUGGACCGGAGGGAAAGACUUCACGGCGCAGGAGUGGCAGGUCUCCAAACAGGAGUUCACCAAGCCGCCUAAAGGGAAGAAAAUAGCCACACAAGAGAAGAAAAAGGUCAGUUCCAAGCAGCAGCAGAAGAAGAAAACCAAACCCACGUUUGGGCCUGGUGGAGAUGCCGUGCCAAAGACGAACGGAGAGACCGUUGCCGAAGGAGGGAAGCCGGUGGGGGAACAGGACGCAUCUGAAGAUGAAAACGAGGACGUCGGCGCAACAAACGGCUUCGAUCCUCCAGCAGUUUUUUCCCACACAGCACAUUUUGAGACGCAGAAGAAAUCGUUCUCUGCUGCAAAAAGCAAAGACAAACCAGAGAUGAACUUGCUAAAGAAGAAGAAACCGCGCUCCAUGCUUCCCCUCAGCACAUCCAUGGACCACCGGCCCAAAGAGGAUCUGCUGCAGGACUGCGUGACUCUGGCCUCGGUCAAACACUGCAGCGCGCCCCCUGCAGGCUGCGUCCCAGGCCAGGGAGACCACAUCCACCUGGGGCUGUUUGCUGGCAGAGAGGAUCUGUACCGCAUGUUUGAGGCAGAAGAGGAGGGUCACGUGGAGGCCGGCCACUACGACUCGGUGGUUUACCUGCGCUUGUGGAGUGGAGACCUGGAGGGGGCGCUGAAGCUCGCCACGGAGAAGGGGGAGCUGAACGACCACCUGCUCUCCAUCGCUCCCAUGGCUGGCUACAAAGUGUGGAGCCAGACGGUGGAGGCCUUCGUCAAGCAGCUGUGUCUGCAGGAGCAGUACCUGAAGGCAGCGUCACACCUGCUGUCGCUGGGCAAAGUCUACGAGGCCGUCGACCUGCUGAGAUCUCACAAACUCUACAGGGAGGCCAUCGCUCUGGUCAAAGCCAGACUUCCAGCAGAAGAUCCCAUCCUGAAGGAGUUGUACACUAGUUGGGCUGUUGUGUUGGAGAAAGACGGGCAUUUAUCUGCAGCUGCCAAAUGUCUUCUUGCUGCUGGCUCCAGUUUUGACGCAGCCAAAGUCAUCGCCAGGAAGAACGACGUGUCGUCGCUGAAGACGGCAGCCACUCUGGCCAGGAUCUCUGGGGAGGAAGCGUUGGCUCAGUCGCUGGCGCUGCGCUGCGCCAAAGACCUGGCGGCUGCUCAGGACUGGGUCAGAGCUCAGGAGGUUCUGAGCUCUCAGAGCAGUCUCACGGUCCACAGACUGCACCUCUGCGUGGCAGAGCUGCUGGCUGCGAGGCUGCAGGACUCAGAGCUCAUCCCUCCAGCGCCCUGCGUCUCCUGCAGUCCCUGGGCGUCACCGGGACAACGUCUCCUCACCAUCCAGGACCGAGUGAGAGACAUCUGGGAGGAAGAGUUUGGUAUUUCUCCAGACUCAGCAGGUCACCACAGUGCUGGAGUUCUCCUGGAGGAGCUGAAGCUCGUGGAGAGUCCGACCCCGACCACCAGCACCCCCCUGAGACAGGUGCUGCUGCACUUCUCCCUCCACCUGACCCGCGCUGUGCUGAGCUGGUUCCUGAACGAUGACGGACAGCUGACGAAGGAGCUGCGUCAGGCCUUUGCUGCACUCAGCGAUGCUGGACAUUUCUGCAUCUCCGCAGAAAUCUGCAGGCUGCUGUUCCCUGGUGGUGAUGUACGUGUAAUUUCUAGGAAAUAUCCAAAAACCCUAAGUCACAAUGAAGACCAUGCAGAAGCCGCUGCCACCAGUCUGCAGGCCGUAGUCUGCUACCACCGCCUGUAUGAGCGGUGGUGGAGGGUUUCUGUGGACAGCCAGAUCCAGGACGGGCGUCCCCCCUCAGCAGCUCAGCCCUGUCCAGAAGACGAGGGAAAGGAGAAGCCGCUGAUCCAAGGACCAUCGGAGCAGGAAGAAGGCCUCUCCUCGGAAACCCAGAGGGUUGAUGAGCUGAACUUUGAUGCGUCAGUCCUUCUGUCUGAACCUCACGCCGCCUGUCAGGUCAUCCAACGAUCCGUGAGGCAGAUUCAGGACCGGCUGGCGUCCAUCGUGCUGCAGCACAGCCGAGCGCAGGGGGGGCAGCAGGACGACGACGCGGCCGACGGCCAGAGCUCUGCUGAUGCAACGCAGAGUCCUGAGGACCAGGAUCUGCUCUCUUUGUCCACCAAAAUGUCCAAAUACCAGAAAGAGCUGGCUGAUCUUCCCUGUGAAGUAAAGACGUAUCCUCGCCCAGAUGUGGUGGAAUGUUGCCUCGUGCUUCUUCAUCUCAACAAGUCAACACCCGUGCCUGCAUCGCUCCAACAAGAGGCCAAAGAGCUGCUUCGUAAAUAUGGAACGAGUUCCUCCGUCCUCAAAGCCUCCCAACAAUUUCUCUCAUGAUUAGUUUCCCUUUUUCUAUCAAUUGAAAUAAGUAACCUGUAUAGUUAUGUUGAAUAAAAAAACCUUUAUUAAU